ACGUUUCACUUUGGGGGCGGGUAUAGUAUCGUCUAAUAUUCUUUAACAUUUUGCGAAACUGCCCUAAAAUGAAAUUAUUAAAAUACUUACGCUGAUUUUUUGCGAAAAUAAAACCAUUUUAAGAAUCAAUGUAUCUUCCUAACGAAACUAAAUAGGCUAUCGUCAAUAUGAUCGGGGGCCUAUUCGUGUACAAUCAUAAAGGGGAGGUGCUCAUAUCGAGGGUGUAUAGGGAUGACAUAGGGCGGAAUGCCGUAGACGCAUUCCGAGUUAACGUGAUCCAUGCUCGUCAGCAAGUUCGUUCUCCUGUAACGAACAUCGCUCGCACGUCCUUUUUUCAUAUCAAGAGAGCGAAUAUCUGGCUGGCUGCAGUGACUAAGCAAAAUGUUAAUGCCGCUAUGGUGUUUGAGUUCCUGCUAAAGAUCAUAGAUGUAAUGCAAUCUUACUUUGGUAAAAUCUCCGAAGAAAAUAUCAAAAAUAAUUUUGUCCUCAUCUAUGAACUUCUGGAUGAAAUUCUGGACUUUGGUUAUCCUCAGAACUCUGAUACUGGUGUUCUGAAAACUUUCAUCACUCAGCAGGGUAUCAAGUCUGCUUCCAAAGAGGAACAAGCUCAGAUUACUUCACAGGUCACUGGGCAGAUAGGUUGGCGUCGUGAAGGCAUAAAAUACAGACGCAAUGAACUUUUCCUUGAUGUUCUGGAAUAUGUUAAUUUGCUAAUGUCACCUCAAGGGCAAGUCCUUUCUGCCCAUGUCGCUGGUAAGGUGGUGAUGAAGUCUUACUUGUCGGGUAUGCCGGAAUGCAAGUUUGGUAUCAAUGAUAAGAUUGUGAUGGAGGCUAAAGGAAAGGGUAAUGGUGGUAUAUCCGGCAACACGGAUAGCGACCCGGCUCGCUCGGGCAAGCCGGUGGUGGUCAUUGAUGACUGUCAAUUCCACCAGUGCGUAAAGCUCAGCAAGUUUGAGACUGAGCAUUCCAUCUCUUUCAUACCACCAGAUGGAGAGUUUGAGCUCAUGAGAUACCGUACCACCAAAGACAUCUCUCUACCAUUCCGCGUCAUCCCUCUGGUAAGAGAGGUUGGACGAACUAAAAUGGAGGUCAAAGUUGUUCUCAAGUCGAACUUCAAACCUUCCCUCCUGGGUCAGAAGAUCGAAGUCAAGAUCCCAACGCCACUGAAUACAAGUGGAGUUCAGCUCAUUUGCUUGAAGGGAAAAGCCAAAUAUAAGGCUUCGGAGAAUGCUAUAGUUUGGAAGAUCAAACGCAUGGCGGGCAUGAAAGAAACUCAGUUGUCAGCUGAGAUUGAACUGCUGGAGACCGACACUAAGAAGAAGUGGACUCGCCCUCCCAUUUCCAUGGGCUUCGAGGUACCCUUCGCUCCUUCGGGAUUCAAGGUGCGGUACUUGAAGGUGUUCGAACCGAAACUGAACUAUUCGGACCACGACGUGAUCAAAUGGGUGCGCUAUAUUGGUCGUUCCGGUUUGUACGAGACGCGCUGCUAGACCUGCGGGAGUUGGAAGGAUUCAUCAAGUGGUUUUGAAUAUUGUAGAUCAAUAAUGGCGUGUUACAUAAUAUAUUACUUUGUAUAUAAUACACAAUUACAUCAAAAGUUAAUAUUCCUCAAGUUAAUUAAUUGAUUCGGUUUAAUUUUAUAAAAUCAGUAUCUUUUGCGGGGCCAUAGAUAUGAAGCUUAUGAAUGUUUAUAUAUAUAUAUAUAAGAGAAUCUCAAAUUCGGUAAUGUUUCGAUAAAACUUUCUGCAUAACGUCUAUUAAUAGUCCAUUUCAAUGGCAACAAGAAUGAGAUGAACAAACCUUAGAUACACAUAUUCCAUUCGUCUAAAUUGUCAUGACAAUUCACUUAAUUUGCCUCUACUUCUGCCAUUGGAAUAUUGUAUUUUAAAAUAGUGGAGAAUGUAAAAAAUAUCAAUAACUUUAUAUAUGAUUUUAAUUGAAUAUCCAUUCGUUCUUUCAUUCGUUCAAUUUGUUUUAGUAUUCAAUUUUAAAUCAGCCAAAUAGACGAAUUGUUUUUUUAAACUUUUGUAUUUAUUGUAUCGAACAGCUAUAUUAGAAAUGCAAUUUUAAUAUAAUUAGCUUAUAUUUUUAUUAACAAAUCGAUAAAGUUUGUCAUUCAAUAAAUAUUUAAAACGCAGAAUACUAUAAUAUAUUAGGAUAUUCGUUAUUCGUUAAGAAGUUUAAUUUUAACAUUGAAUGAAAAUAUCAUUCGUUCUUUUAUGUCAAUCGGUAACAUUCAUUCCUUUAGAAUUUUAGAUCUGGGCUUGUUUAUUAUUAGAAUAUAAAUCGUAAUUAUGUAUGAAUUUGAGAUUUUAAAACAAAAGCCCAGUAUUCUAUAAUAUAUUCACCUCGUACAUAAUGUAGAUAAGUAAUGUUACAAAUAUAAUACAUUUGAACCUAUCACUUUGAUGUUAUGUAGUUGUAAAUUAAAAAAAAAAAAUGUCGAGUGACUUAUUAAAUUAUCAUUUAUAUCCAAUUCGAAACGUUUAUUAAUUUUGUGAGGUUAUGUUAAGUGAAAGUAUUUCGUAUUUUUUGUGAUUAAAGUAAAAUAAGAAAAUCUUGCAAGGCACUUUUUUUUUUUAUUCCAAAUUUAAAAAAGCAAGGAAUAACCACAACAGCCUUAUAAUUUUUUUUUUUACAAUUUAUCAAUAUAUCGCUUGAGCCUGUUUAGGUAAUAUACUCUCAUGUUGUAAUGUCACUUGACAGUUUUUUUUUUUUUCAUAGAAUUAGAAUCGAAGUUUUGGACGUGAUCUGUUCUGUAGUGUGUGUACGGAACUUUAUCUGCAAGCGUAUAGGAAAUGCUUUUAUGGUAUAUUGUUCAAAAAUAAUGUAUAAUAUAUGGUUAAAAUAUUA